AGUGAUUUAAAAAUAAUCAUUUUCCUCUGGAUUUCCACAUGAUAUAAAUAUAGUAUACAUAUUUGAUAAACAGACAGAGAAACGAGAAGUUGUAUUUGAGUGUUAUGAAUAUAAUUAUUAACAAAAUACCGGAACCAGUGUAAACAUAGACAUGAAGAGAAGUAUAGUCAUAAUCAUACAAAUUGGUUUGUUGAGUCAUUGUCCAACAUUUUAUACAACUCUUAUGCUGUUUUCUUCGCAAUGGUUGAUACAAAGUGACGGCACCAACAGAGGAUUAAUAAAUCAACAGUUGAAAGAUUCUCAGACACUGGAUUACAACGUUGAUGUCUUGGAUGAAGCUACUUUAGGAUUGCUUAUACUAGCUAACGUGUUCCUAUGGAUACAAGGAAUAAUAUUCACAGCAGUUGAAUGUAUGCUUUUAAUGAAAAGUGCCCCUAGCGGACUUUGUCACAAAGUCUUCAUAAAAUGUGUUUACAUUAGCAUCGGAUUGUACAUCAUCGCUAGUUUUGUGAUGUUGGCAGCAUGUGUUAGAUUCGCUGCAAUCUUCCCAAUGAAGAAGAUAGGUUAUGCUUUCUACCACAACAUGGCGAUAUUUUGUUUUAUUUGGCUUGUGGUUUUGAUAUUCAUUUGCGAUCACAUCUGCAAAAGAAGGAGAGAUGAAAAUGUUUUUCACACUCUAGUUUGUGGGCUUCGUGAGUACAACGAUGAUUUUACACUGCUGUGAUAAAGAGAAUACAAUUCAUCUCCGCUGAACAUACUUUAAACAUGUUUAUUGUAAAUCAACGUGCCACUUCCAUUUUGUCCGCAAAGUACUCCUCAGUCAAUGGGUCUUGGACUGUUGACAAAAAAUGGAUACCGACAGGGAAGACAUUUGACAUUUCAAAUGAACUGUAUUACAUAUAUCUUUACAGAAGUAUAAACAAAAGGAAGUCAGCUGAUAACAACAGAGCGCUUCUUUGACUAGCCUAUUCAAUGCAAGUACGUCUUUCUUGAUGUUGAUACUAUAUCGUGACGCAGUAGUCCAGAGAGCAUAAAAAGAUGUGGAAAGAAAACAACAACAACAACAACAAACAGUGUACGUGAAAUUAUAACGGCCUAUGUAGGUUAUGUAAGACAAGUGUUCGAAAUAUCAUAUACUUCAAAGGAUAGCGUAUAAUAUGUUCACAGCCUUUCUGAGUAUCACGUACAUAUAAACGACUGCAUAAUAAUUAUUUUAAGUUUACGAUGAAUUACUACAAACAAUUGACGUCUUCUACAGAUAUAUUUAUUCACUAUACAAUACAGGUAUAUAUUAUCAUGAAAAUCAAAUGAUGUAAUUGGUCAAGGUGGAGUAUGAAAAGUUGCAUUUUUCAUAUUGUAUUUAGAAAGUAUGUAAACAGACAAUGUAAAUUCCUUGAAAAGUCUUUUUGUACUCUAAGUAUAUAAACAAAAGGGAUUACAGUUCAAAUGACAAUAAAAUGUAUAGAAUAAAGAAAACAUAAUGUCUGA